AAAAACUGUCAAUGUCAAUUGGACUUGCACGGGUAAUAUUGGGUUUGAUUUGCAAAAUUGCAAAUUCGCCAAUGCUAAAACAUUAUCUAGCAAUUUAGGCACUUCUGUUUCGCUAAUAGUUAACAAUAUAUUUCACAGAAUACAUUAUAUUACACUAUUUAAUAUUUCGCAGAUAUUUUUCGUUGACGGUUUGCGAAUUUGCCAGCCUAUAAUAGCCUAGUGAAAAGAACGUAUUUUACCGGCUCUUGGAUUAUUUCUAUCAGGGUAGAUAUAAAGAAUGGCUACAACAGAGGCUCACGUUCCCGAACAACAAAGACGAUGGCACAAUAUACGAAAAUUACUAGAAAGAUCCGGCCCAUUUUGUCAUCCAGAUUUUGAGCCAUCACCAGAUAUAUUAGAGUUUCUCAUGGAUUCUUGUAAGAUUUUGGUAGUUGGCGCUGGAGGACUUGGCUGUGAAUUACUUAAGGAUUUAGCAUUAAUGGGCUUUAAAAAAAUCCACAUAGUGGACAUGGACACCAUUGAAUUAUCAAAUUUAAACAGACAAUUUCUUUUUAGAAAGUCUGACAUAGGUUCAUCAAAAGCAAAAUGUGCUGUUGAAUUUGUGAAUAAAAGAGUUCCUGGUUGUGAGGCAGUGGCACAUCAUUGUGCUAUUCAAGAUCUGGAUGAAGGCUUCUAUCGUCAAUUUCAUAUAAUUGUCUGUGGACUAGAUUCAAUUGUUGCAAGAAGAUGGCUUAAUGGAAUGCUUAUGAACUUGUUGCAGUACAAUGAUGAUAGAAGUCUUGAUCAAAGUAGUGUCAUUCCAUUGGUUGAUGGCGGUACUGAAGGAUUUAAAGGCAAUGCAAGAGUUAUUUUGCCAGGAUUAAGUGCUUGUAUAGAAUGCACUCUUGAUCUAUAUCCUCCACAAAAGACUUUCCCUUUAUGCACUAUAGCUAAUACACCAAGAUUGCCCGAACACUGCAUUGAAUAUGUCAAAGUAAUUCAGUGGUCUAAAGAAAAUCCUUGGGGUUCUUCUACUCCUUUAGAUGGAGAUGACCCCCAACAUGUUGGUUGGGUAUUUGAAAAGGCACAAGAAAGAGCUAUGAAGCAUGGAAUCACUUCGGUUACAUACAGACUUACUCAGGGUGUUCUGAAGAAUAUUAUACCAGCAGUGGCAAGCACUAAUGCAGCUAUAGCAGCUACAUGUGCAACUGAGGUGUUUAAACUAGCAUCAUCUUGUUGUACCAACAUGAAUAAUUAUAUGGUACUAAAUAUGGCCGAUGGAGUCUACACUUACACAUUUAAUGCGGAGAGGAAACCUGACUGUGUGGCAUGCAGUAAUACAACACGAGUACUAGAUGUAGAGCCUGGAGCGGUGCUGAUGGACAUAUAUCAGAAACUUAAAGAUGAUACAGGUUUUCAGAUGAAGAAUCCAGGAAUUACAACAGUCAUUAAUGGGCGCAAUAAGACUUUAUAUAUGCCUUCAAUCAAAAGCAUUGAAGAAAGAACCAGAGAUAACUUAAAGAAAAAAAUAACUGAAUUGGGUCUUUACAAUGGAGGAGAAAUACUGGUUGCUGAUAUCACAACUCCAAAUACAAUUUCAAUAAAAUUAAAAUUUAUUGAAAAUACAGAUGUUGAAAUGUCAAGAUAAAUAAUUUAAUUAUAUCGCAUAAUUGUGUAAUUGAAAGUUUAUUAAUCAUUAAUACAUAACUGAUUUACUCAAUGAAGCAAUUAAUAAAAUGCAGUUCGUCAA